GGUCAUUCCUCCUGUCGUUGUGCGCAGGCGCGAGGCUGAGGCCUUGGAGUCCGGCGAUGGCGGAGGAGCAGCGAGUGGAUCCGAGGGUUGUGGCCGAGGAGGAACUCGAGGAUGAUGAUGACGAGCUCGAUGAAUCCCUCUCAGAAAGACUGUGGGGAUUGACUGAGAUGUUCCCUGAGGGCAUGCGGAAUGCCUCAGGACUCGCCGCAGACUGCUCUGUGACGCUGGCCAAGAAAGUCUACAGUUUUGCCCGGUCAGCUCUGUGGGUGGGAACCACAUCCUUCAUGAUCCUGGUCCUGCCGGUCGUGUUUGAAACUGAGAAACUCCAGUUAGAACAGCAACAAAUCCAGCAACAGAGACAGAUUCUGUUGGGCCCGAAUACAGGACUGUCUGGUGGAAUGCCAGGAAUGCUGCCAUCACCAGUUCCAGGGAAAAUAUAAUGGACUGGACACCUUGAGAUGGAACUGCUGACGGAGCAAGGGAAAGGGAUUAUGGGAUGGAUGUAUUUUUGGGUUUGGGGAGGAGGACUUGGCGUCUUGAACAAUGCUGUGUCAGCAGCUCAUGGCCAGCAAGUCUGGUGUUCAUCCUCAGUGUUCACCUCUGGAGCAUUCAACAGACUGAGCAUCCUAUCUGUGAACACUGCAAGCUCAGGGUUGUAGGGUGGGGAGAAUCGUAAUUAAAAUCUGCUGGAACAGUCAUGGGGGUUGGGGUGGGCGGGUUUGGGGAGGGGGGUAUUCGGGGGGAGGCCUGAUUGAUUCUCAGAGCCCUUUUACUAAUGAACUGCAAUUCAUCUAAAUCACAGCCACCAUUUGUCUGAGUCAUUCCAUCAGAAACAUUGGGCACUGAUUGUGGGAGCUGGAGUUUUUGCCCAAUUGGCAGGUCAGUGCCCCACUGGUGGGGUGUGAGGGACUGCACUGUCAGCAUUGUGCAGUGGAGGGGGUGAGGGACUUCUCUGUACCAGUGUAGUCCAGUAGGGGAGGUAUGAGGGAUGGCUGUUGUGCCAGUGUAGUCCAGUGGGGGAGGUAUGAGGGACUGCUCUGUGCCAGUGUAGUCCAAUAGGGGAGGUAUGAGGGACUGCUCUUGUGCCAGUGUAGUCCAGUAGGGGAGGUAUGAGGGACUGCUCUGUGCCAGCAUAGCCCAGUGGAGGGGGUGAAGGUUGGCUCUGUGCCAGUGUAGUUGAGUGGGUGUGAGGGGCUGCUCUGUGCCAGUGUAGUCCAGUGAAGGGGGUAUGUGUGCCAGUUCUUGGUUGCACCUGAGGACCUUACCUUGGGAACAGAGCAAACCCUGAGUCAGUCUCUGCCUCCCCUCACAGUGGGAGAGAGUUGCAAAGACAGGGAGCACCCUCAGCUGGUUAUUUCAGAGGUAGCAUUAUUGCCUGAGGUGAUUGAUGGGCAUGGCAGUGGCUCAGGACAGAUGAGGCACCAGUGGUGGCAAACGCCCCCAGAGCCUGGGUAGGAGGUCAGCGGCUCACUGCAGUACGAGACAUGCCAGCUCCCUGCAGCCUGAUUUCUCCCUUUAAACCUGGGAACAGAGUCUGGAUCAGCGUGACAGGUGAGGCGGGGACCUUGGCUGGUUGGAUCACUGUAAGCUCUGCAGGGUUUAGAAGCCCAGAGAUUACAGCUGAAUUUACCUGUGACUGGGACAGUCUGACACUGAGGAAGCCUCCACCAUAUGUCACAUGGAGAUGAGAUUGGUUUGAAUACAAUGCCUACAGAAAUGGUGAAAGGUUACUGUUGAGCUGUUUGACUUGUACUUGUGGUUUAAUAAAUGCUUAAUACUG